AUUCUGGAGUGCGGUGUGGGGAGUGUGGGUGCAAGACAGAGAGCGCCUCAUGUUUCAGACAGCCAAAGAUAAUGGGAGAUGAAAUGGAAUCACGUUUUUUACAGCUUCACGCGUUGAGCAGUAAAGUCAGCUCUGCUCAGCAAUUUGUUCAAAAUGCUCUACGGCUCUUGCAUCUCUUCGGAUGUCAUGAAGAUCUUUAUAGUGGUAAAAGUUGGAUCUAAAUCCCACAGGUUUGCACCAAAAGCGAGCUGGGAACAAGAGUUUUCACAAACCUGCAUUGUUAAUUCAAAUCCACAGCCAAGGAAGCAAAGCCUUAGUCACCAUAUUGCCAUGUCCCCCUGAACACCAACAGGCUGGAACCUCCGGAGCUUGUCUCUUUGAGUUGUUUCACCAGUGACAUCACGGUGAUUGCCACCUCCCUCAGACUACUUUAGGGCCUGCCCAGAGUCCCGGAGCUCAGACAGCAGCGAAGACAGCUGGAGUUGGGGAGAGAGAGGAGAAGUCUACAGCAGCCUGGGUGUGUCUGGUCCCUCUUCAGGAAGCAAGGCUAAGCCAGAGGUCCUUGGUGCGCUCUCAGAAGUCUGCCUGGAGUUCUCACCCAGCAACUCAGAAGAUGGAGCGGUCUACCCAGGAGUUGUUCCUCAACUUCACAGUUGUCCUGAUCACCGUUCUCCUUAUGUGGCUCCUUGUGAGGUCCUACCAAUACUGAGGGGCCAUGCUGCACUCCUGGGAGUGACGCCUAUGUGCCCUGAGCUUCUGCUGCUGUUAUUGUCAUGGGAUGCCACUCUUGGCACCGUAGUGUCUCUGACCCACACUCACAAUGCCUGGCACACUGCAGCACUAGGUCCCUUGUGUGCUUUCUAAAGAUGCUGUUCUUGUCAGCCAGUGAGCCCUACGCUUGUUUCCUAGCAAAUGCACUAUGCAGGCCACCAGGUUGAAAUUAAACCAGAUUCCUGAUGAUGCAGAGGAACAACAAGCUCCUGGUCUGUGCCGACACACAUCCCCCCAACCCACUCUGUCUGCCACCAAACCGACUCAAAGCUUCAGAAGACAUGGAUGGGAAAGUCUUUGCCAGUCCCUUGGAUUCUCAUGUCAAUAAAGUUAAGCCACUCAUGAAAA